AGGUUUUCUUCCCAGCUCUGUUACUGGCCUGCUGUGUGAUCUGGUGUCCCUGCCUCUCUCUGACUCAGUUUCCUCCGCUCCCCUGUGUCUAUGUAGAUUGUAAACGCCGUGGGGCAGGGACUCUCUGGCGCUCUUUUUGCAGCAGCUAGCGCUGUGGGGCCCUGCUCCAUGACUUGGUGCUACCAUAAUACACCUAAUAAAUGACAAGUAAAGGAGGGAGGAGUAUCCCCCCGUUUACAGAUGGGGAAACCGAGGCCCAGAGCGAUUUAAGGGGCAGCAGGCUGGAUGGUGGAACCUGGCGGCUCGGUGAGGGGCAGACGCUUUUUCAAACUGGGCCCUAAAUAAGCUCUUAACAAUCUGGCCCCGGUCUUCCAAGGGCAUGAGAUACCUAACUCCCAUUGGUCCCAAAAGUGCCUAAACCUCUUUGGUGAUCUCGGGCCUCACCCCAGAUCUCUCAGGACACAGCUUCCACCCCCCGUUUCUCUCCCCUCCUGGCUCAGCUCCUGCUUAGAGCAUCUCUCCGGGCGGCAUCGGAUCCCAGCAGCACGGAGCUAAGCCGCCCAGGCCCCUUUGCUGCUUCCAAUCCCCCCCUCUCCUCCCUGCCCCAUAGCCCCGUAGCCCCAUUGUUCCUCUGGCUUUCGCACAGAACCUCUUUCUAGGCUAGUAGGUUGCUGGCGCUGCGCCCAGGCCUUAGCAGCGGCGUUGUGCAAUAUGCCAGCAGCGGACCUGUUUUGACUGCCUGGGCUGAUAAAUAUUCAAUGUUUACUGACCUAUAUUCCUAGUGCUCACAUCUGCCGGCCCAGCUCGCGCGGGCGGGAGGGGGCGUCCAGGCCGAGCGUGCAGCUCCACACACGCUCCCCGGCUCGGCGCGAGGGCGUGGAAAUAGUCCUCCCCGGGACUGGGUCAGUUGCACAACGGGCUCUUGUGACCCACUGGGCGUCCUGCCUUAUGCAACCCACCUCCCCGCUCCAGCCCCACUGGCCUCCUUCCGGGAAAGAGCCAGGCCGGAGGAGGAAGGAGAGUGGGAAGCCGCCUCUCUCUUUUCGUCUGGCUUUCUGCGCUCCCCUCUGCCCAGGGUGGACGCGCCCAGGCCGAUUGCCGUGCCACUGCCCGUACGUGCCACACUACAGCUGCCCUGGCAGUCAAAGCAGGGGCGCUGGCAAGGUGUUCUCUCCUCCUCUUCCCGGACCUGACACGGCUCCCGCCCCCCGCCCGCCUCACAUCCCGCAGCGCCCGCAGCCCAGCCACGUCUCCGCAGCCAGCCUCCCGGAGCGGGACACGGGUGCCAGAGCUUCCUGGCGCGCCCGGCAGGCACGGAACGGACCCAGCCGAGCCUGAGGCACCCGCCGGAAUCCCACAGCUCCUAGCGGAACGGCAGCUCCUCCAGGCGCCCGGAAGAUGAUCCACAGGUGCCCAAUGUACCCGCCGGCGCCCGAGGGUGCCCAUCGCGGCUUGUUGGUCGCAGCUGGAGGGCCACUCACGGCAGUAGCUUGCCCGGUUACCGGGCUCGUUAACUGUUUGGGCUGAGGACCUAGCGAGAAUCGUCCGUUCCAGUGGCAGAGUUCUGGGGGGCAUUAUCCCCGUGGCAGAGAUCUAGGGCGCAGUGUCCUGGUGGCAGACGUCUGUGGACCCAUAUCCCCGUGGCAGAGAUCUGGGGCACGUUAUCCCCGUGGCAGAGAUCUAGGGCGCAGUGUCCUGGUGGCAGACGUCUGUGGACCCAUAUCCCCGUGGCAGAGAUCUGGGGCGCGUUAUCCCCGUGGCAGAGACCCGCGGGUGAGUUCUUGAGCCAUCUCUAACCUCGACAUCCCGACCCUUCCCCGGCGACCGUCCUGGGCUCUCUGAGGAAUAUCGAGGGUCAGAGCCGGGGUGACCUGGGUUCUAUUUCUGGCCCCGUGAUGGAGGGUCUCAGCUCGCCUGGCCAGUGCGUGGCCGGGGGCCCCCCCCGGAGGGCGUGAUGCAGCGGGCCCGGGCGCUGAAGGGCAAAGCCAGCACCAGCUGCCGGCGCAAGCGGGAGUUCAUCUCGGACGAGAAGAAGGACGCCAGCUACUGGGAGAAGCGCCGGAAGAACAACGAGGCGGCCAAGCGCUCGCGGGAGAAACGGCGCUUCAACGACCUGGUGCUGGAGAGCCGGGUGCUGGCGCUCAACGAGGAGAACCUGCGCCUCAAGACGGAGCUGCUCCAGCUCAAACUGCGCUUCGGGCUCAUCAGCACCGCCGCCUUCGUGGAGAGGAGCCAGCAGCUCAGCGCCGCCAGCAGCGGCUACUCCAGCGCCUCCUCCCGGGCCCCGCACUCGGAGGACUCGUCCGAGACGGAGCAGUCCGGCCGGGACGCCGCCGGGGCCAAAUACUCGCCGCGGGGCUCCCUCUCCGACAUGUCCGACGGCUCCUCCCGGGACAGCCCGCUGCCGCGGACGCCGGGGGAGGCGGAGGCCGUGAGCAGGGCCCGGGGGGACGACGUGGCGCUGCGUCCCCCCGACCCCCAGGCCCCGGCCUCCCGGGGCGUCAUCCUCUUCAGCGCCAACGGCUUCACCACGGUGGAGCCGCCCCGAGCCUGGGAGGCGCCGGGGCGGGGGGACGGGGCGGAGGACGAAGAAGAGGAGAAGGCCCUGGGGAGCUAUGCCCAGCAGAUUCCCGGGGGUCGCCAUGGCGACUGUGAGGCCUAUUGCCAGCAGGGGGAGCUACAGGGCCCCCCCAGAGGCGUAUGGCUGCCCACGGGCUGAGGGCUACG